AUGGACGCCGGGCUGCUCGUCACUCUGCUCCUCCUCCUCCUCCUCCUGUCCGUCCUGUGGCUCCUGGUCUGGAGAGGUGACCCCAGGAGCAGCCGGCUGCCUCCUGGCCCAGCUCCGUGGCCCAUCCUGGGCAACCUGUGGCAGAAGGAUGUGCUGCCCCUGUACAGGCACUAUGAGAAGCUCAGCAGCACCUACGGCCCCAUCUUCACUGUGUGGCUGGGGCUGAAGCCGGUGGUGGUGCUCUGCGGGUACGAGGUGGUGAAGGACGCCCUGGUGGGACACUCCGAAGAGUUUGGGGGCAGACCCACCAUCCCCCUCCUGAUGCAGCUCUCCAAAAACUACGGAUUUGUCUCUGACAACGAGAAGAAGUGGCGGGAGCUGCGGAGGUUCACACUCAGCACCCUGCGGGACUUUGGCAUGGGGAAGAGCUCCAUGUCCCAGAAGGUGCAGCAGGAGGCUCAGCACCUGGUGGAGCUGCUGGCAAAGCUCAGAGGCAACGCCUUUGAGCCGAUGACCGUGUUCAGACACGCCGUGUCCAACGUGAUCUGCUCCGUGGUGUUUGGGAGCCGCUACAGCUACAGCGACGCAGCGUUCCUGGAGCUGCUCAACGCCGUGGGGAACUACGUCAGCUUCUUCUGUCCCCCGUGGCCAAGGUGUACAACACCUUCCCCAGCAUCAUGGACCGGCUCCCAGGGCCGCACAAGAAGGUUGGCCGACUGCCAGAAGCUGAAGGACCACAUCCAGGAGAAGGUGCAGUUCCACCAGCUGACUCUGGACUCCAGCUGCCCCCGGGACUACAUCGACUGUUUCCUGAUCAGAGCAGAGAAGGAGAAGGGCAGCCCAGAGACCAUGUACAGCCACGAAGACCUGAUCAUGUCAGUGUUCAACCUCUUCGGGGCCGGGACGGUGACAACAAGCAACACCCUGGUGUUCUUCCUGCUGAUGCUGGCAAAGCACCCCCACAUCCAAGCCAAGGUCCAGGAGGAGAUCGACGCCGUGGUGGGCACUGGCCGUGCCCCCAGCAUGGAGGACAAGCUGAGGAUGCCCUACACCAACGCUGUGAUCCACGAGCUGCAGCGCUUCCACAAGACCCGCAUCGAGAACUUCCCGCGCAUGACGACACAGGACGUCCAGUUCAGGGGCUACACCAUCCCCAAGGGCACUCCUGUUAUUCCGGUCCUUUCCUCUGUGCAUUCGGAUCCAACCCAGUGGGAGAACCCCAAAAAAGUGGACCCCACACACUUCCUGGAUGAGAAGGGCGAGUUCAGGAAGCGCGAGGCCUUCAUGGCAUUCUCAGCAGGGAAGCGGAUGUGCCCGGGGGAGGCGCUGGCCCGCAUCGAGCUCUUCCUGUUCCUCACCACGCUGCUGCAGAGCUUCACCUUCCAGCUGGCCACGGAGCACAGGGAGCUGGAUUUGUUCUCCCUGUGGCUCGAGAUCGAGAGGAGGGCGAUCCCGGGCAAGUUCUUCGCUCUCCCACGCCCGGUGUUCUCCUAA